CUCGCCGACGUCACCGCCACCCGUUGACAUUGCUCUAUAAAACGGGAAGCCUCGAGCCCCGUAGACGAAAUCCCGAAGCCGACCAAAGCAAUCAAAGCUAGUACUACUAGUAGUAGUAGGACAGCGAGCCACUCUUCCUCGUGCCAGCGCGAGAAGCCAAUUCGACGCAGCGCGCGCGGAGCGGCCGGAGCGGAGAGAGAUGAAGAAGAAGGGCGGGAGCGGCGGCGGCGGGUGCCUGGGGGCGCCGUUCCGGGCGCUGUCGCGGGCGUGCGACUCGGCCUGCGACCUCUACGUGCGCGGCAUGUCCGGGUGCGCGGGCCGCGUGCCGGCGGCGAUGGAGGCCGUCGCGGUCGGCCGCGGGUUCGGCAGGCCGGCGACCGCGACGGCGACGAUGCGCCUGCGGGGGCUGAGCUCCCGCGACGUCGACGACCUCGUCCGCGCCGCGUCGAGGCAGCGGCGCGUCGCGGCCGAGCCGGCGGUGGGGGCAGCCAAGAAGGUUGGGUAUUAUCGCGAGGCGCCGGCGGGGAAGAAGGGGCCCUUCGAGGAGGCGGCGGCCGCCGUCCCGGCGCCGAGGAAGAAGGGCGCGGCGAUGGGGACCAUCGCCGAGGACGCGCCGUGCGAGUUCGUCGCGGACACCACGCUGAAGGCCACGCCGCCGGUGAGGCGGGGCGCCUCGGCAGACGGCCUAGCGGCGCGCGCCGGCGGGUUUGGCGCCAUUAAGGUGGGGACCGAGGCCUUCGCGCGCUAAGCGAAGUGUAUAAUACAUGUACUGCUACUGCCAGUGUAUAAUCAGUUUUUUUUUUUGCGAGAGUAUAAUCAGCUUUUUUUUAUUAUUAUUUUUGGCUGGAGUAUAAUCAGCAUUUGAACGUCCAUAGAAUCUGAAAUUUCUCUCUAUUUUCAUCUUGAUGUAACGGUGAUGAAUGUAAAUGGAUAUGUAUUUGUACAGUGGAAAAAAAAAGGAACAAAGCGUAAACUGGAACUCAUAAAACUGAA